AUGGUAGAUUAUCAUCUAGUAAUAUUGGUGCAUGGUUUAUGGGGUACAUGUUCACAUAUGGAUUACCUUGAAUCACAAAUCAAACAAAUUAAAUCGUUAAAUAAGGAUGAAAAUAUUAUUACAUACAAGACUAUUUCACACGGAGGGUUUUUAACAUACGACGGAAUAGAUGUCAACGGAAAAAGGAUUGCGAAUGAAAUAACUGCAGAGACAGAUAAGCUCACGAGUAACGGAAAUGGAGUUAAAAAAUUCUCUAUACUAGGAUAUUCUUUGGGAGGGUUGAUAUCUCGGUAUGCGAUCGGAGUUUUAUAUUACGAAGGGUAUUUUGAGAAAGUGUUGCCGGUGAAUUUCAUUACUUUUUGCACACCACAUGUUGGGGCCAUCAAGCCAUAUCGUUCAUUUCUGGCAAAAAUGUUCAAUGGUUUUCUGUCUUACUUUCUUGCCCAUAGUGGGGCCCAGAUGUUUUUGAAGGAUAAGCAACCCGUUAAGUCGGAGUAUGGGGGAAAUAAUGAUCUUAAUUUACCUCUUUUAGUUUGGAUGGCGGAACCUUCGUCUACUUUUUACAUCGCUUUAUCAAAGUUCAAGCAUAGAAUGGUUUACGCAAAUGCUAUUGGUGAUAAGCGGGCCGGGUUUUUUACCGCAGCAAUAGCGACUAUGGACCCCUUCAGUUCCAUGGUUGAUCGGAACGUAAGUGCGUACGACUUUGAAUAUGUGAAAGGAUACGAACCAACCGUUAUAGAUUUCACUAAGCCUAUUUCGUUUUCUAGAAUAGAUGAAACGAAUACAACGCCAGUCUACCCUAUAUGGUCGAUAAUAGUGAAAUGGGUAAAGCUCUUGGUGGGUAUUAUCUUGGUCACACCACUUUGGGGCUUGUGGUUUUUAUACAAAACCAUUUCCGAAAGAAUAAAAUUGAAUAAAAGAGUUUCGCUGUUCUUCAAUGAAACAUCUUUAUUAUAUUUGUAUAGUUAUCCGGAUCAUAUUUUUGACGAUAUUACUUCAGAAGAUGAAACUCCUCAGCCUAAAAAUGAGAAAUCCGAGCUUGAACUAAACGAUAAAGAUGGACCUCAUGAAUCCUUCAUUUAUUCGCUAGAAAAAGAAUUGGGUGAACAAGUCAGAGAUCAAACUGACAUUUUUGUCGAUUCUAUAUUUGAUGCAGCUAAUAGCCAAAGCUAUGAAGAGUAUGAGUAUAGUAUUUCAAGUCGAAAGAGAAAAAGAAGAAACAAAGAUAAGCCCGCACCAAAGUCGGAUAAUGAGUUUUCUUCGACAAUUAACGAAAUGGAGAAUCUUAAUGAUUCAUCUGAUCCAUUAUUGUCACAAUCUAAGCUUGUUACCUUAAAAGGUAAAAAGAUUGAUGACUUCAGAUUAAAAUUAUCAAGCAACGAGUUAUAUAUUAUUCAGAAGCUAAAUAAGCUUGAUUGGGAGAAAUAUCCUGUCAUAAUCAGAAAGACUGCGCUAACUCAUUCAGCAGCUAUAGUAAGACAAGAUGAGCCUGCUUUUGAAGAGGGGAAAACUGUUGUUAGACAUUUCGUAGAACAAGCUUUCAAGUUAGAAUAG